GCAAGCUAGGCUUUUGAUCAUCAAAGUUUUCCUGUUUGGAAGGAGGAGGAGCCGUCUAGUCAUGGGUUCAUUGAUUCCUUGCCCAGCAGGAAUGUUUGCUUGGGCACAACUCAGCCGCACCUCUGAUGACUAACAGGCAGUGCUCUCUCUCUUUGAUAUACUAUCAGCUGGGUUUAUCAGAGUAUCAACACAACCUCCCCACUCCUGGACUCUCCCCUUCUAGCCAGCUCUCCUUGCAGAGCAGGCAGGGGCUGCGUGGGAGCUGAGUUUACCUCUUAUUUCAAGGAAUCCUAACAGCAGGUUUUAAGCUACUUAUUUACUUUUUUGGUCUGCGCAGGAAGUCUGAACUAAAAAAAAAAAAAGACAGAAGCAUAAUUACUCUGGCGUGCCUGCAUUCCUACUUUAGGCUCAGACGGGCAGGGACUCUUUCUCGUUGGAGCCAGGAAGAGGAUCUUAUCCCUGGAGAUCACCGCCACAAACGUGUGUAACUGAAACCUGCAGCCAUGCUGAAACAGAUAUUAUCAGACAUGUACAUCGAUCCUGACCUGCUGGCAGAACUCAGCGAGGAGCAGAAACAGAUCCUCUUCUUCAAGAUGAGGCAGGAACAGAUCAGACGGUGGGAGGAAAGAGAAGCUGCUGCGGACAAGGCUCCAGCAAAGAAGCCACUGCCAAGAAAAGCCAAUGGAAAGUCGGUGACAUGGAAACUGGGUGCUGACAACGAUGUCUGGGUCUGGGUGAUGGGUGAGCAUCCUUCAGAUAAACCGUAUGCAGCCAUCUGUGAAGAGAUCCAGGCACAAAGAGCAGAGCGCUUGGCGAGAGAGCAAGGCAAGGAGGGCAGAGAGACUGACUCUUCUGUAACAUGGUCCCCACACCCACAGCCAGGACUACUGGGUGAGACAGAUCUUCAUGGGAAUAAGAAAAGCACUGUGGAGACAAAGGAGGAAUUUGGGAGAAAAAUGACUGAUACAACAACAGGGAAAAGCCAGGAGCUCACAAAGAGGGGAACCAGAGAUGUUCACCAGAUGCUGGCAGACUGUCAUAUGAGAAAACUUAGCUUUCAAAAGCCAAAGGAAGCACAGAGAAGAAAUUCCGAAGAGACCACAGACCCCCAGGAGGCAAUACCACAGAGUCACCCCAGCACAGAGAGCCAGAGAACGUUGCAGAAAUCGGAUGAGAAUGAGCCUGAAUGGCAGGAAUUCUUGCGGAAAUCCAAGGCAGCAGAUGAGAAGAGACGGUCCCUUGCACGGCAAGCCAGGGAUGACUACAGGAGGCUUUCACUGCAGGGCAUCCACAGAGGGAAGCAGGCAGAUAUUUCCAAGGGUGCCGCAGCAGGAGAUCGGCGACCACUCCAGUAUCCACCUCUCCCCCCCAAGCCUAAACUUCUACCUCCUGUGACAGCAAAUGGGAGAGCGAUUAGGAAAGAGGGAAUCCAGAGGACAAUCUCCAAUUCCACUGAAGAAAGCAUCAUCAAGUGGUUCAAAGAGGAGCAAUUCCCUCUCCGAGCUGGCUAUCUGAAAACCACGGACACAAUAGCACCUUGGUUCCAUGGUAUCCUAACCUCUAAGAAAGCAGAGGAGCUUCUGGAUAAAACAGUACCAGGGAGUUUUCUGAUCCGGGUCAGUGAGAAAAUCAAAGGCUAUGUGCUCUCCUAUCGAGCUGUGGAAGGAUGUAAACACUUCCUCAUUGAUGCCUCCAGUGAUUCCUACAGCUUCCUUGGAGUGGACCAGCUGCAACAUUCAACGCUGGCUGACCUUGUAGACUACCACAAGGACGAACCCAUCACUUCCUUGGGGAAGGAGCUGCUGCUGUACCCAUGUGGCCAAGAGGACCAAGAGCCAGACUACAUCUCUCUCUUUGCAUGAACCUCCCAGUCUCACUGUGCAGUCCCAGGCUUGUAUUCACAAAGACUGAACUCGGAACUAGAGCUGCUGAUAUUCACCUGAAACCCUAAGUGCCUCUAUUUUAUAUCCUUCAAAAUGAAGCAGUAGGAGGAUAAGUACUGCUGUGGGUUUAUCAUAUCAGCUGAGUUGAAGGAUGCAUCUGCCCAGCAAGCUGCAAAGCACCUGGAUGUAUCCAACACAGUGGAGUGAAUGACUUGAUUAAUAGUCAAUUGAACAGGAGAUACUGCCACAGAUUUUCAGUGUGUUUUUGCAGAUUUUUUUUCAGGGACUUCUGUAUUCAAGCUGUCUUUUGUUCUUGAAUGCAAGGUUGUGUGCCAUCUGGGAAGUAGAUUAGUACCUACAGUUGAAUGAGAUCAUACCUUCCUGAAGGCACAUAACAACUUGGAGAGGUGAAUCAAUCUUGAUAUGUAAUUUGCAUAAUGUGAAGCUUAAUUCUGUAAAAUGCUGUGUCCUUGAAAUGAAGGACAAUCAAACUGAACAUCCAAGCAAAUCCUGAGUGCCUUUCAGUGAAAGGUGCUCUCUGUGAUGAUGGAUUUUCAUGAAGAGUACAUUUUUUAAACUCCUCUAGCCUCUGAAUAUAGAUCCUCACUCUUUUAACCUGUAUUUAAAUCCCACACAGGCCUUUCUGCAUUGAGAGGGAUUAACCUUUUGAAAGGGAAAGAAGGGACAGAGGCAUUUGUAUAAAAGACUACCGUAGGUACAGAGCAUAAAAAAUGUAAGAAGCAGCACCCAUAUCAGUAUUAAUACAGUUUACAGAAGAGUGUUUGCCAGUAAAGAAUGCUAUUUUCCAAAAUGGAGCUAUUUAUUGCAAGUUGUGUCCGGAUUACCCAGAUGCAUCUGGUGCAAACUUCAUUACAGAACUUGUUCUUUCAAUGUUAUAUUCUCUCUUCUUAUCUGUUACACUGCUCUUUAAAUACAUCGUUCAGAAUAUUGGGGGAGAGGCUGGACAGAAUCACAUAACAAACUAGUCCUGAGAUCCCCUCAUGUUGUUGCACAUGACAAACUCUACAGCUUGUUGUGGUUUGAAUCUGCUAACAUAGUGUUUUAGAGAUGCUAUCCUCAAAUAGUGAACAACAGUCAAUCCCAUUUCAGUUGUUUACCUGUUUUUACCUGUUUUCUUUUUUUCUGUUAGAUCAGGGCUAUUCUGCUUAACUUGAAGGAGCAGUCAAAAUCUUAGUCUUAGACUGAUCUGUGUUUUGUGGGAUACAGAUUAAAAGAAAUUGUAAUCAUCUGGUCUUAAAAUUUACAACUACACUGACAGGGGAUUUCCAUUCAAGGAAAGGGAAAAACUCCACUCCAGUUACAGCAGGUGUACUUUGCUAGAAAUAAAGCCUCAGUGUAAACUGAGAUUCUGAAUCUAACAACACUCUGGCACUGCAAUUGACUUAAUGAGCUUCUUGAGCAUUAUAUCAUAUGUAUCAAAGAAAUAACUUCAACAUAAUCUGCAUCAGUCAUGAGAAGGGGUAUUAGAUUAUUUGUAGGGGUGAAAAUAUCCCUCCUUCCCUCUUUAUGAACUGUUUAUUUUAGAAAUAUGGCCAAAACAAAAUGUCCUUCAGACACCCUAGAGAAAAGCAUCUGUUCUGACGUGGAGAAUGUGCCAUAGUUGUUAUCCUGCAGGAGACAAAUCAUGAAGUGUUUUGCAUACCUAUGGGCUGGUAAAGACAGAGGAAAAAGUCUAAAUGCAUCUAAAAAAGGCAUUUUGAGAGGCAGGGUGUUAACUUGCAGAAAUAAGGUCCAGGCUGAUCUGGCAUGGACACAGCAGAACUUAAUCAAUUUUAGCUCUAAGAUCUAUAGUAAAACUCCUCAGGGUUUGCCCUGCUGAACAGUGGACCAGUAGCUUCACACAGCUUUAUAUUAAACUACUUAUUUGCAAACGUUGUCUCAGUACAGCCCAGGAAAAAACACUCUCCAUAUUCACAUCUAUCCCCCGUUUGAGAGUCAUGCCUCAGUUUUUCAAGGAUUCCCAGCUUCACCUGUCUUCUGUGAGGAAAGAAGUGUGAAGUUUUGUACCUACACGUUAAGAUCACUGCACUGACUGCAAAGGCAGCUAUCCUGCCACAACAGAUGCCCUUGAGACUGGCUCUUCUAUUGUUCCAAAAUCUAAUUACCAAAAAUAUCUGUGGAGUAAGGCUAACUUGCUUCACAUAACUUGUGAAACUUGAUGGGGUCUUGAUGACACGCUUGCUAAGGUACCCAAAAUAAUGAAGAGUUGAAUUUAAAAGUGUCCAGUGCUUAGCAUUGGAAACUAAUAUAGGUUUGAAAGGGCC